AUGGUUCCGUGGUGUACGACCCAAACUAUCGGCCCAAGCACAGCAAAACUAAUUUACAUGGCACCAUAUGACGGUACGGAGAAGUAUGGUCCUGUGGAGCAGCCCUUUGGGCCCACUUGCGCAGGUGUGGUGGGUUUGGGCAUCUUUGUUGUUUGCGUGGUUAUGGCCGUCAUGCGGUUGCUGUUUGAUGUCAUGUGGGGUGCAGCCAUUAACGCCGCGGCUGGGAGUUGUGCCUAUUUUUUAUGUAUCAGUCAAUUCCUCUUCUACAUUUUUUCCUCGAAUGACGAGCACUACUUUGGGCAUUUUAUUUGA